AUGUCGAUGUCUCUGGAAGAAUUUGUCCAUUCUCUCGACCUCAGGACCCUCCCUAGGGUCCUAGAAAUCCAGGCAGGCAUCUAUUUGGAAGGUUCUGUUUAUGAAAUGUUUGGAAAUGAAUGCUGUUUGGCAACAGGAGACGUGAUUAAAAUUACUGGACUCAAAAUUAAGAAGAUUAUAGCUGAAAUUUGUGAACAUAUUGAAGGCUGUGAGUCUCCACAACCAUUUGAACUGCCUAUGAAUUUUCCAGGUCUUUUUAAGAUUGUGGCUGAUAAAACACCAUACGCUACUAUGGAGGAAAUUACAAAGACCAUCCUUAUUGGACCAAGUAGAUUAGGUCAUCCUUGCUUCUAUAAUCAGAAAGAUAUAAAACUAAAGAAAUUCAUUGUGAAGCAAGGUGAACAAAUCAUGCUCAACUCUAUAGAAGAAGUCAAUGGAGAAGUGAUGGUGCAUUGUGGAGUGAUAAGAAAUCAUAAGAAUCACUCAUUUACUUUGCCUUUGUCACAAAGAGGAGAAUUCUAUGAGUGUGAAGAUGAGCAUAUUUAUACCCUAAAGGAGAUUGUUGAAUGGAAGAUCCCUAAGAACAGAACACGAACUGUGAAACUUACAGAUUUUUCAAAUAAGUGGGACUUAACAAACCCAUUUCCUAAAGGCUUUCAUGGUGCUUUGAUUCUCAAGCCUGUUUAUGAAAUUCAAGGUGUGAUGAAAUUCCAAAAGGAUAUAGUUCGUAUCCUCCCCAGUUUGGAUGUUGAAGUUAAAGACAUUACUGACAGUUAUGAUGAGAACUGGUUUCUCCAGCUGUUAUCUACCCAAGAUAUUUUUGAAAUGACCAAUAAAGAAUUCCCCAUUGUGGCGGAAGUCAUAGAAAUCCCUCAAGGAAAUCAAAUCUUCAGAAACAUUUUACAACCUGGUAAAACCAUUGUGAUCCAUGAAAAAUACCAAGCUGCCAGGGUCUUAGCUUCAGAAAUUAGAAGCAAUUUUCCUAAAAGACACUUCUUGAUUCCCACUAGCUAUCAAGGCAAAUUCAAGCGACGACCUCGAGAGUUUCUAACUGCGUAUGACCUUGAGAUAGCAAAGAGCAAGAAAGAGCAUCUCCAUGUGGUAGCCACCAAAGCUUUUCACUCCACUCAGCAUGAACUGACAUCCGUAUCUGUCGGGGACCAGUUUUUAGUGUAUAAUUCAAAGACGACUGAAGUCUUCUGUGAGGGAACUAAAAAAGUAGUGAAUGUUCUGGCCUGUGAAAAAAUUCUCAAAAAUAAUUAUGAGGCAGUACUGCUCCCUUUGUACAUGGAAGGAGCUUUUGUAGAAGUGAUUCAUGAUAAGAAAAAGUACCAGCUUUCUGAACUCUGUGCACAGUUCUGCUUGCCCUUCAAUGUGAAGGUAUCUGUGAGAGAUCUUUCCAUUGAAGAAGACAUUUUGGCUGCAACACCAGGACUGAAGUUGGAGGAAGCUAUCACAGACUCCUAUCUCCUCAUAAGUGACCUUGCCAACCCCAAUGAGUGCUGGGAAAUUCCUGUUGGCCGCUUGAAUAUGACUGUACAGUUAGUGAGUAAUUGUUCUGGGUGUUCAAAAUCAUUUCCAGUCAGGACUCUGGUUGAAGAGAUCACUGAAGAACAAUAUUACAUGAUGAGGAGAUAUGAAAGCUCUUUCCUACACCCUCCACCUCGUCCUCCCAAACAUCCCUCAGUGGAAGAUACAAAGUUAACCUUGCUAACUUUAGCAGAAGAAAGGGCAGUCAGUCCACCUAAGUCUCCCAAGUCUUUGCCUCAUGAAAACUGCCUGCUGAGUGCCUGGAAAGCACUUGCCCUUACCCCAGGAAGCCUGGGUCGUUUAUGGGCCGACAGUGGUUCUGGGCUGUGUGGAAGGAGCACAUUCUGGCCUGGCAGCUGUUGUGCUGGCGGCUUGGGGAAACAGAGCAAUUAUAAAACAAAGAGAGAUGCUGUGUUUACUCUCUGUACUCAGGGAUGUUAG